UGUUUCGUGAUUCAAAAAAAAAAAUAAAUUAAAUUAUUCAAUGUCUGAUCGUCGAAAUCAUCGUCGAAAUGAAAGAAGCGGUGGUGGUGGUGGUGGUGGUAAAAAAUCGUCGAAAAAAAAUCGAAAUAAACGUAAACCUAAUGAUAAGAGUAAAAAACAAGCCAAAGAUCAAUAUGAUUAUUAUGAUGAUUCGUCGGCAACCGGUGAAAAUGAAGCGGAUAAUUAUUAUUAUGAUAAUAAUGAUGAUGAUGAAAAUCAUUUAUUGUUGCCAACAAUUAAAAUUGCACCUGAGGAUUAUGAACAUAUAUUUUCGAGGAAAAAGAACAACAAAACAACAGCAGCAGCAACAACAGGCGGUUAAUUCAUCAUUGCCUACGGCAUUGAUUGCACCAUCUGAUUAUGAUCAUAUUUAUUGUAGAACUAAUCGAAAGAAACAACAACAACAACAACAGCAUAAUCCUCAAUCUAAACAAUUAUCAUCACCACCAGAGCAACCAGCAUCACCAGAUACACCACAAUUAUCGGAUAAAUCACCAACAAUUCUAAUAGCACCUACAGAUUAUGAACAUAUUUUUAAUGCUGGUAAAACAUAUAAAUCUGAAACACCAAAACGUCAUCAUUACAAACAACAACAACAACAACAAACGAUUAAACCGAUUGGAAAGAUGAUGAAUAGAUAUCAUAAACACUCACCAUUACCAUUUAAAAUGAAGAAAAAAUGGCCAAAGACAUUCAAAAAAUUUGGUAAAAAAACAAAAUUUUCAUUGAAAAGAUCACCACUAACAAAACGACGACCAAAACAGAGAGAAGAAUCAUCAUACGAAGACGACGACGACGACGAUGAUGAUGAUGAUGAUGACGAUGAAGAAGAAAAAGGUGCCACCGCCGCCGCCGACGACGACGACGAUGACGACGAUGAUGAUGACAUCGAUACUGAUGAUGUCGAUGACAGCAAGAAACAAUCAAAUAGAUAUUCAAGAAGAAAUCGAAGAUUUUAAAUUGUGUGAUGAUGGUGUUAUGAAAUUUUUUAGAUGAAUAAAUCAAAAUCGUUUAUUUAUUUAUUUCAUCAUUAGUAGUAAAUAACAUAUUAUAUGUCUUGUCGAAAAUAUUUAAAAUAAAUUAAAAAUGUUACAAUCAGCCA